AUGGCUGGCCAGAAUGGUUCCUCUCUGGAGCUCAACUUCCUGUACUACCAGUCCAUGACAGAGACAAUAGACUUCAUGACAACAAUAAAGUCAUCUGUUGUGCUGUCCACUGCCCUAUUCUUCAUCUCCCUGAACCUUGUAAUGUUUCUUGCCAUGUGGAGCAAACCCAGCUUCCGUGAGACUUCCCGCUAUCUUCUAUUCGGCCAAAUGCUCCUCAGUGACUCCAUCCAUCUGGGAUUCACCACAUUGCUCUACUCGUGUAGCAUGGCUAACAUCACCUUCAUCAAGGUCCUCUGCUCCAUGAUUGUCCUUGUAAGUGGGACAACCUUCCGCAUCUCCCCCCUUACAUUGGCUGUGAUGUGUCUGGAACGCUAUGUGGCCAUUUGUUUCCCACUCCGACACGUUGAUAUCGCCACCCCCAGGAGAACCAGUAUGGCCAUUGCAGUAGUCUGGUUCCUGGGCUCUGUGAACUAUGUAAUUGAUAUAAUUUUUUUAGCAGCCACAGAUGCCCAUUUCCUCACCAAAACCAUUUACUGCACACAGGAGCGCCUCUUUCUGGCCAAGUGGCAGUUUGAUGUGUUCCAGGUCUUCAAUGGUGUCUUUCUUGUUGCUGUGGGGAUCACUGUCAUCGGCACCUACACAGGCAUCAUGAUGGCAGCCCGGUCCAUCAAGGCCAAAAAGGCCAGUACGACGGUUCUCCUUCACCUGGCCCAGUUGGGCCUCUGCCUCUCCUCCUUCCUGUUCAGCAGCAUUGAGAGAGCCCUGUCCACAAUCAGCUCAGCCCUCUUUAUCCACCUGCGCUACCUGAAUUUCUUUCUCCUUGUCCUCGUGCCCCGCUGCCUGAGCCCCCUCAUCUAUGGACUGAGGGAUGAAGGAGUUCGUCCCCUCUUCCUCUGUUACCUCCGCUGCGGUCGCUGGAGGAUCAAACCAGGCACGAGACAUUGA